GGGAAUUCUGCCUGCCCAUUCUCCUUAGGAAGAACAAAAGAUUACUACUUUUCUUUUAAUUGCCAUUGUGUUUGGAGAAGUAAGACAAAAAGGGAAUAGCUAGCUGCCUGUCACAUAUGCUUAUGACAUGGGGCUUAUCUACUCAUUUACCUUUGCACUGCUAUUGGCUACUAUUCAGCUUUAGAAAAAUCAGAAGUAUAUAUUACAAAGCAUUCAAAGGCAAGUGAGAAUUCAAAGGCUCAGAGCAGAGCUAGAGAGCUUUUCACAGAGACACCAUUUAGGAGAGAUAGAGGAUAUCGUCAAGUCCUAGAAGGGUUCUACCAUUUCCUUCUCCAUCCUAAAGAGACUUGAAAAUUAAUGGGUAACAUUUUACAUGAAAUUACGGGAUGCUUUUCUUCUUAUCUCUGAGGCCUUCUGUGGAGAAUUAAGAGGAGGUUGAAUGCACGCAUGGAUAAAAUGGAUAAUCUUAAAGGAUUGAAGUUCCAGAAAUACAUCAGCAGGACUGGACAGGUUUGACAUAAUGAGAUUUCUAUUUUAGCUUGACUUCUGGAACUCCGAAUAAACUAUAAACUGAGCUACACAAGGUCCCGGGGAGGAAGUUUCUCUUCUAAAAUAUUCUAGCUGCAGAUAACAUUUUUCUUAUUCAGAUCCUUUGAAGAAAUUAUUUACUCAUCCAUUUUCUGAGGAAUACAACUAUUAGACACUUACCGACUUUUAAUAUAUGAAGUGGAAUAGAAAGCAGCAACUUGUAUCAUACUGGAAAAUAAAUUUUCAUCAAGAAACAGACCCAGAAAGAGAAGACAUCUCUACAUAAGCACAGGGUGAGAUGGCAGAGGCUCCUGUGGAUGCCUCAACUCUGCCCGUAACUGUGAAGAAAAAGAAAAGUCUAUCCAUUGAAGAAAAGAUCGACAUCAUAAAUGCAGUAGAAAGUGGUAAGAAAAAAGCAGAGAUUGCAGCUGAAUAUGGAAUAAAGAAAAAUUCAUUGUCUUCUAUUAUGAAGAAUAAAGACAAGGUUCUAGAAGCCUUUGAAUCUCUGAGAUUUGAUCCAAAGAGAAAAAGACUGAGAACUGCUUUUUACACAGAUCUGGAAGAGGCACUAAUGAGGUGGUAUCGAAUCGCCCAGUGUCUGAAUGUACCAGUUAAUGGUCCAAUGUUGCGUCUAAAAGCUAAUGAUUUUGCCCAGAAACUGGGACAUAAUGAUUUUAAGUGCAGCAAUGGUUGGCUGGAUCGCUUUAAAUCCAGGUAUGGUUUAGUAUUCAGAGCUCAACCUGUAGAAGCUACAGGUGUAUCAGUAGACCCUUCAGAUGUCUGGCACCAAAACAUACUUCCUUAUUAUUUAAAUGAUUAUCAUCCUAAAAAUGUUUUUAAUGUAAAAGAGACUGGGCUGCUCUAUCGAAUGUUGCCUACAAAUACAUUUGCAUUUAAAGGAGAAACUUGCUCAAUUGGCAAGUUAUGCAAAGACAGAAUAACUCUGGUGGUUGGGACAAACAUGGACGGCUCAGAGAAACUUCCUUUGCUUAUAAUUGGAAAGAACAGAAAUCCACAUUGUUUCAAAGGCAUAAAAUCAUUGCCUGUGUAUUAUGAAGCUAACAAAAUGGCACGGAUGACCUCAGUUGUAUUUGAACAAUGGAUGCGGAAGCUUGAUGAGAAAUUUCAAGCCCAGCAAAGAAGAGUGGUGAUUUUUGUUGAAUCGUUUCCUGCACAUCCAGAGGUAAAAAACCUAAAAUCCAUUGAGUUAGCGUUCUUUCCAUCAUGUUUAUCUUCCAAACUUAUAGCCAUGAAACAAGGUGUUAUUAAAAGCCUUAAAAUCAAAUAUCGACAUUGUCUCAUUAAGAAGUUUUUAAGCUCUGUUGAAGGCAGCAAAGAAUUUAUGUUUUCCCUGCUAGAUGCAGUUGAUACAUUGCAUCUCUGUUGGAGGGCUGUCACCCCAGAGACUAUUGUUAAGAGCUAUGAAGAGGCAGGAUUCAAAUCUCAAAAGGGAGAAAGUGGCAAGACAAAUGCAGAGACGGACACUGGUCUUGAUUUGGUUGUCCAUGCCCAGGCGGCAGGAGUGGAAUUUCCUGAAGGUUUAUCCAUAGAAGAGUAUGCUGCCCUGGAUGAUGAUUUAGAGACAUGUGAAGCAGCACCAAGUGGUGAUGCUGUAUGGACCAAAGAAAGUAAAUCAGAUGAAACUGGAUUUUAUACUUCUGACGAAGAGGAUGAUGGUGGAUCUCUGGGAACCGAACUCCCUUUACCAUCAAAAAACGUGGCAAUGACCGCUUUAGAUACGCUGAAAAGUUUUCUUAGAAGUCAAGAUAUGAAUGAUGAGCUUCAUAAUUCUUUAGCAGACCUUGAAAUUUUUAUUAACUCUUUAUCAUCUAAGUAAUUAUUUAUUGUUAACAUCUGAAGAUAAUAGCUUUUUGUAAUACAUUUUACUAUUUAAGGUAUGUAAAAGGAAAAUACUACUUAAACCUAAAAAAUGAAAAACUAGUAAUCUUUGGUUUAAUCGCAAAUGUCUUUAGUCUGAAGAGCAAAGUUCCCUAGGUAUAUUAAAUAAUGAGUUAGUAAAUGAAAAAUAUGAAUUUCAAUUUAGUAAGGUUUGGGGGAGCAGAAAAUGAAUUCCAGAGGCCUUGUACUUGAAACAUAUGGCAUAUAUGUCAAAAAUAAAAAGAACUCUCCAGCCAUUUGAUUCAUACAGGUUGAAUUGGUGAUUGCUAUUUUCUGGUUUUUUUUAAGUUCAGAUCAUGUUCUAGGAUAUUUUAAUUUAUCUACCUCAUCUAAGAAACAAAAUAUCUAUCGGUUAGAUAUUUAGUUUUAUAAACAUAUCUAUUCUAACUAGACUUAAGUAUCGAGUGUUAAUUUUAAAUUAUUUUUCUCAUAACUAGCUAAUCGUCCUAAUAAAAACUGAAAAAUUACUGAAAAUAAAAUCUGACCCAAUUAUAUACCGAUAUGAUUAAAAAUGUGUCUAACUUUCAAGUUAUUUCUAUAUAAGAUCAAAUAAAAGACUAUGACCUUAUCAGAUUUUUUUAAUCAUCUAUAACCAGAAGGUGAUAUGGAUUCUUCCUAAAUAUUUGUAUGUAUAUGUGUGUGUUUAAAUAGAAAAGUACAUUAUUGAAACGUAUUAAACUCUUAUGAUAUUUAUAUUUUAAUAAGAUUACUCUUAAAAAGUA